AUGUGGAAGGCUCUCACCCAAUGUUUGCCUACUCGAAUGCAGCUCCAAUCGAAGCAUGUGGAUGUCCCUGCUGCUUGUGUUUUCUGUCACUCUAGUGCUGAAUCCAUCAGCCAUGUUCUUCUUGAGUGUCAUUUCGCACAAAGCUGCUGGAAUCGGGCUGCUGUGUGCACUGCUACUGCUGCUGUCAGAUCAGAUUUUUCUCUCUGGUUUGAAUCCCUACUGCACAGAGGACGGGUAGGAAUGGUUGAGGAAGGUUCUAUGGUGGCUUGGUCCAUUUGGAAAGCUAGAAAUGAGCUACUUUGGAAGAACAAGACCCGUACAGCUGCUGAAGUUGUCUCUCAUGCGCGUUCAGUCCUUGAUCAAUGGUGUUAUGCUCAGUCUAAUCGGUUUGAACCCUUGAUGGUGUCCAAAAAUAAUCAUCACAAGGAGGAGCAUUGGUCUAAACCCGAAGCAAAUAAAAUCAAGGUGAAUGUUGACGGUGCAAUUUUUCAAAGUAUGGGAUCGUAUGGAGUUGGAAUAGUAGCUCGAGAUAGCAAUGGACAGUUGAUUGAAGCCUCUACUAUUCUAAGGGUGGGGAAUGUUCAAUCGACAACUGUUGAAGCUUUUGGGAUCAAGGAAGCUUUGAGCUGGAUCAAGGGUAAACAAUGGUCUAAUGUAGUUGUUGAAACCGAUUCCCUUGUGUCAGUUCAUGCUCUUUCUAGUUCAGUUUUUAUGCCUUCUGUUUUUGGUUUGUUAAUUUCCGAUUGUAAACGUUUGUUAGAUUGUUUGUGUGAUGUGUCUGUUACGUUUGUGUCGCGAUCUGCUAAUAAAACCGCUCAUUGUCUUGCUCGCGGUUCUUGUUAUUGGUCUGAUUGCAUCUUUAAUGUUUGUAAAUAUCCCUAA